AUGAAUGGAAGUCAGUACAUCUGGAUCCUCAUUGGUCAUCUUCUCCAGAAUGUGGCACUGAAUAAAAAAGCCGUCCAGUCUUCAGUAGGCUUCGGUGAUGCUGCCAGGGCAGUUGAUGGCAACAAAGACCCAAGAUUAACAAGCAAAACCUGUAUCCACACCAAAGAAGAAUCUGAUCCCUGGUGGAGAGUAGACUUACAGAAUGUGUACAAAAUUGCUGCUGUAACAAUAACCAACAGAAAAGAACACAGUCACAGGCUGAAUGGUGCCGAAAUCUGGAUUAAAAACUCAGUAGAGACCAAUGACACCAAAAGCAUCAGAUGUGCAGUCAUCUCUCACAUCCCAAGCGAACAAACAGUCUACUUUCCAUGCAGCGCUGCAGAGGGACGCUACGUCAUGGUGCUUGUCCGAGGAAGCAAGAAGGUUUUGAGUCUUUGCGAAGUUGAGGUGUUCCCUGAAAACUAUGCACAUCCUUUAUCCAACGUGGCACUGAAAGGAGAUGCCACCCAGUCAUCAACGCUGUCUUCCGCUACUGCCUCCAAAGCCAUCGAUGGGAAACGGAAGUCAUACUACAGCCAGGGGUCCUGUAGCCACACUGCCGAGAAAAAGACCAACCCCUGGUGGAGGGUGGACCUGCGAUGGACAUAUAUAGUCAAUUCUGUCAAAAUCACUAACAGAGGAGACUGCUGUGCCGAGAGACUGGAUGGAGCUGAGAUCCGCAUUGGGAACUCCCUGGAGAACAAUGGAAACAGUAACCCCAGGUGUGCUACCAUCGCCCACAUCAGGGCGGGUAAAACCAACACAUACUACUGUGAUGGCGGCAGCAUGGAGGGUCGCUUUGUGAAUGUGAUUAUCCCUGGAGAAAGCAAGACUCUCACCUUGUGCGAAGUUGAGGUGUUCCCUGAAAACUAUGUACAUCCUUUAUCCAACGUGGCACUGAAAGGAGAUGCCACCCAGUCAUCAACGCUGUCUUUUGCUACUGCCUCCAAAGCCAUCGAUGGGAGACGGAACUCAUACUACAACCAGGGGUUCUGCAGCCACACUGCCGAGAAAAAGACCAACCCCUGGUGGAGGGUGGACCUGCGACGGACAUAUAUAGUCAAUUCUGUCAAAAUCACUAACAGAGGAGACUGCUGUGCCGAGAGACUGGAUGGUGCUGAGAUCCGCAUUGGGAACUCCCUGGAGAACAACGGAAACAGUAACCCCAGGUGUGUUACCAUCACCCACAUCAGAGCGGGUAAAACCAACACAUACCACUGUGAUGGCGGCAGCAUGGAGGGUCGCUUUGUGAAUGUGAUUAUCCCUGGAGAAAGCAAGACUCUCACCCUGUGUGAAGUGGAGGUGUAUGCUGCCCCAAAAGGCAUGAAAGGUCGCUACAUCAAAGUGAUUAUUCCAGGAGAUUCUAAGGUGCUGACACUGUGUGAAGUGGAAGUGUUCGCUUCGGCAGUUAUCACGCCCUCUCCUCCUCUUCCUCCUCUUCCUCCGCCUCCACCCCCUCCGGCUGUGAGCGUGCUGCUGAGCGGCAGGAACGUGACAGUGGUGGGAGAGAGGCUGUGCUGGGCCGAUGCUCUGUUCUUCUGCAGACGUCAUCACUGGGACCUGCUUAGCCUUCACAGCCAGGAAGAGCAGAGUGAGGUGGAGCAGCUGCUGAGCCGCAGUCCUUUCCCUCUCACAGACUAUGUUUGGCUUGGGUUGCGCAGAUACCUAAUGGGCGACAGGUGGUUCUGGAUGUCUGGCGAUUCCAUGAAAUUCACCAAAUGGUGGCGAGAUUCUGCCCCUAACCGUUACUCCAGCCCCUGUGGAGGUAUGGCCAGAGGAGAGCCCUUCCUGUGGGAGGACCAGCCUUGUGGGAAGCACCUCAAUUUCAUUUGCCAGUCAGGUGCUGAGAGCGGAACACAACGAGUGUAUUUCUACAGCACAAGGAAAGCCGCAGAUCCUUAG